AUGCCCCAGAUCGUUUAUUAUCACCCCGGCGCGGGAACCGAGGUUUUUAACACUGCGAAGGUCCUCGGAGGUAUGUUUGGGGUUGGUAUUCCUCAGGAUAUUGUCGAAUGUUAUCGGUUCAUCUGCGACAAUUACAGGCCCGGCGACGAGAUAGUUAUGAUCGGCUUCUCGCGUGGCGCCUUUACGGCCCGUUCUGUCGCUGGCAUGGUGUGCGCGCUUGGCUUCCUCAACCGCGCUGGCAUUGACCAACUGCCACAUAUCUUUUGUGACUACAAGAAUUGGUUGACGUGGACGAGCGAGUCCAAGUACAACAAAAAGGUUCAGCUCUUGGGCUUCACGCUCGACAACUUACGCAGGGUAAAGAAGAUGGAAGAGUUUAGGGCCCAAAAUGGGUCGACAGAGUACACCGAAAUAACACCAAAAAUACUUGACACCGAGAAGGAGGAACUGUUCGAACGGAUGAAGUUGAUAGCUGACGGUGUUAGUAGGGCAAAGCAGAUGGCCGAGGAAUACCGGAAAAUGCUCGUCAGACACGAAAUGUCUUUAACCACCCGGACUAAAGACCAGAAUGGAAGGGUGGAGUUUGUGGCGAUGGAGGGAAAGGUCAGAGCGAUUGGUGUCUGGGAUACCGUGGGAAGCCUCGGCAUACCGAAACUUCCAUUGUUCCACAACGGUGAACUUCGAGCUGAAGAGAUUCGGUUCGAAACUCUUUGUGUUCACCCCAAUGUCGACUACGCCUUCCACGCCAUUGCUCUAGAUGAAUGGCGCACCUCCUUUAGCCCUACCAUGUGGGAAAAAGGGGACAACGGUGGCACGAAACUUCGUCAGGUCUGGUUCCCAGGCAACCAUGGCAACGUCGGAGGUGGUUGGCAAGAUCAGCAAAUUGCGACUAUCGCACUUGCGUGGAUGGCCGAUCAACUGACAUCGAUUGGGGUUGAGUUCAGUAGAACGGAGAUGUUCCGCAUGUUCUAUUCGAUCAACCCUGGCGUCGAGGUUCGGGAGUGGGGCAUGGGCCGCAUCUGCCACCCAACUGGCAUAACCACAAUACCCGACAAGUUCCAUGCAUGGGCUGCGCUGCCCUAUCGGAAAAUUACCGGAGCGGACACCGGCGUCACCACGCGCAAGCCGGGCAUGUACAGGCUGAACAAAGCCGAAGAGCUCGUACACCCGUCGGUGCGGAUCCGCUACCAGUACUACGGCCGGGAUCUGGACGACGUUAAAGUAUGGGACUGCCGAGCCUUGAUUGGGAAUGGCUACGAACUCAAGAAACAGAGGUUGGGAGAAGAUGCCCAGCUGGGCAACGUAGAAGACGCUUUUGACACCUACAACAGCGUGGGGGGACCGGUGACUCCAUUCUACAACGUCCCUCCGGAAGACGCGAAGACACCGCUGGUCCGCGUCGAAGGGCCCCUCCAGAAACACAUAUGGAAGCUCACCAAGCCGGGCCACUGGUGGUUUUGGGAAAAAGACGGAAAUAAGCUGUUCGAAGAACGCAUCGGUAUUUGGGAGCGCAUGUUUAUCCGGGCCAAUCACUUACUACUGAAGAAGCAACAGAAAGCGUCCAUCAGCGAGGUAAGAGGGCGGGACAUCGAGAAGGACGUGCAAAUACGACGAAGCUCGGAUGAUUAUGAAAGGAAGUAUGGUUACCACGAUGUUAUGUGGUGGCAAGAACCGUUUGUGACCGACCAGGAUAUAAACCUCCAGCCAGUGUGA